AUGUCAUCGCCGAAUAGCCUCCCAGUGAACCCUUCCCUACCCGAUCUGGAUGCCUGGAUCCUAGGGAGCGGCUUACCGUCACUCGCGGCCGCAGUUUACUUGAUCGAGGAAGCCAAAAUACCGCCUACCCGGGUUCAUAUUCUCGAAGACUUUAGCAAAGCCGGUGGCAGUACCGCCCAUGCUGGCGACCCGAUAAAUGGCUAUGAAUAUCGGGCGGAAGUAACGCCGAUGUGCGAUUUACUCUGCUUUCAGGAGCUUCUUUCGAUAGUUCCAUCUAGAUCGGGCGCAGGUAAGACGGCGCUUGAUGAUAUUCGGAAGUUUAACCAAGGAGCAGCCCUUGACGCAAUGCCGCACGCGCAUUUUUUGAUGGAGAAGUCGCGCGGAAUCUCUUGCAUCAAUACCAAAAAAAUCAAAGCAGGGCUACGACAUCGUUUGGACUUGCUUGUACUGUCUGUGAAAUCUGAGAAGUCACUGGGUCGAUCGCGAGUCUGUGACCACUUCGGUGGGAGCUUCUUCAGGAGUACAUACUGGCUGGUGCUAGCCACCACGUUCGGCUUCCAACCGUGGCAUAGCGCAUCCGAAUUCCGCCGCUAUAUCCGUCGCUUCAUGCAUAGUACAGACGGUUUGGAAGAUGCACACCCCCCGGUCCACGGCUGCAUUAACCACCAUGAGAACAUUACCGUGCCGAUCGCACAAUUUCUUGAGUCACGCGGCGUUGACUUCCAAUUCCGAACGAAGGUCACAGAUAUCGUCCUGGACCAUCGCAAUGGAUUUCACAUGGUUUCUGCCAUCCAAUGCCUGAAAGACAGCGAGCAGGAGACAACAGUCAAACUCCGCUCCAACGACAUAGCCAUCAUUUCCCUUGGCUCUAUCAUGUCUGGCUUGGCAACCGGAUCGAAUACCGCUGCUCCAUCGCUAGAGUCCCUGAAUAUUGAGAACGAAUUUGACGAGAACUGGCUGUUAUGGCUGGAAUUAUGCACUAAACACCCCAAAUUCGGAAACGCAUAUAACUUCUGCACUCGCACGCUAGAAUCCCGUCUCGAAACAUUCACUGUGACCUUGAGAUCCGCGGAAUUCUUUAGCCGACUAACCGCGCUGACGGGUGGCCCCCUGGGUUCCAUGUCAUUAUUGACUCUAAAAGACAGUAGUUGGCUGUUGAGCAUCAGGGUGCCUCAGCAACCGCUCUUCCCGGGUCAGCCACCGGAGGUACAGGUGUUCUGGGGCUAUGCGAUGCGCGCUGAUAAAACGGGGGACUUCAUUAAGAAGCCGAUGUUUGCCUGUGCAGGAAGGGAGAUUAUGGCAGAACUCCUACAUCAUCUGAAAUUCGACCCGGAGAUGAUCAAUGAUUCUGUCACUGUUCCUUGUGUCGUGCCACGAAUGACAGCGCCACUGUUGCCGCGGUUGACAUCUGAUAAACCGCAGAUCAUCCCUGACGAAACGAUGAAUCUAGCUCUGAUUGGGAAUUUUGUAUAUAUACCGGAUGAGAUGGUUGCAACGACGGAUUACGGUGUGAAAGGGGCGAAAAUGGCGGUGCGUCGGUUGAUCGGAUCGCAUAGGAACUGA